AUGGGGCGCGUCCUCGGCCAUAAGCGCGCCAAGCGCAACACCCGUCCUAACACCUCUCUCGUCCAGAUUGAGGGCGUCUCAACGAAGGAGGAGGCGCAGUUCUACCUCGGAAAACGUGUUGCGUACGUUUACCGGGCGAAGCGGGAGAUUCAGGGCUCGAAGAUCCGGGUGAUGUGGGGCCGUGUCACCCGUCCUCACGGCAACUCCGGUGCUGUAAAAGCGAAGUUCAGGUCGAACUUGCCCCCUCACGCAUUCGGUGCGAGCGUCCGAGUGAUGCUGUACCCUUCUACGAUCUGA